AGAAAUUUGAUUGACUCUCAUUUUCAGGAAUACCCUCCUGGUGUUAUACUAGUACCGAUGCAGAGUAGAACAGGCAAGCCCUUCCACACGACGAACUUGAUCAUUUUUGCGCCUGAACAUGUUUCAGAUGAGUCCAAGGAUAAUAGAAUUGUUGCUCAUGGUGAUGCCUUAAUAGUGGAUCCUGGAUGCCUACGUGAGUACCAUGAUGAGUUAGGGAAAAUUGUUGCUGCUCUGCCCAAAAGACUAGUUGUCUUUCUUACUCAUCACCACCAUGAUCAUGUUGAUGGCCUUUCAGUCAUCCAAAAAUGCAAUCCUGAUGCAACACUACUAGCACAUGAAAAUACCAUGUCUCGUGUUGGAAAAGGUGACUGGUCACUCGGCCAUACUUCAGUUUCUGGUGGAGAAGACAUUUUGGUUGGUGGUCAGAGACUGACUGUAAUUUUUGCUCCGGGACAUACAGAUGGUCAUGUCGCACUACUUCAUGUCAGUACUCACUCGUUGAUUGUGGGUGAUCACUGUGUGGGGUAUGUUUUGGUGGAGAGCUGCUCUAUAAUAGUAAACUACAACUAAGAGAAAAUUAAUGAAGUUGAUUUUACUGUUGUGUGGAUGAGGCAUAAGAUUUAUACUAAAUUAUUAUAAACAAGCAUGUUGGUGAGUUUGUAUUUUAUGCAUCCUCCUUUUAGGAAAGAUGGAUUAUGUUAUUGUUUCUUCAUUGGGAAAUAGCUCAAAAUAACUCAAGCAGAAUUCAUCUUAGUUAAUAGGACCCAAAUCUUGUUUCUUAGCAAAAGAAAAGGUGGAGAGAGACAAGGACUUGGAGAUGUUGACAUACAUGAUGUCGGUGUGACAUAACUGGGAAACAAAACACAUUAAAUUAGUAAAUUCUGAGCCUAAACAGAUAAAGGCUUAUUUGUUCUCAAUUUCUUAUUUUGUCUUCUGGAAACUUCUUUGCUAAUGCAACAAUGAAUUUGUUACAGUCAAGGAAGUGCUGUCCUGGACAUUACUUCUGGUGGAAACAUGGCUGAAUACUUCCAGUCAACUUACAAAUUUAUGGAGCUUUCGCCACAUGUUUUGAUUCCCAUGCAUGGGAGAGCCAAUCUGUGGCCUAAAAACAUGCUUUGUGCAUAUCUUAAGUAUGAAAUAUAUCUUACAGUGUCUCUAAAUCAUUCUUUUUGUGGAUCCUCAAGAACCACUUGUUAUUGGACCUCAUCAAAAUGCUUAAAUGUUGGAAAUUAACAUCUCUCAACCUGGAAAAUAACUUCUCUUUUUUCCCCUCCUCAAUCAUGUUAGCUACUUCCAAAAAGAAAAAUGUUCUGACAAGUUGGGUUAAUUGCUAAGUUUCCAAGCACAUUUCCCUUGUUUACCCACUGUAUAAUUGGGUCCAAGUAUAUGAUAUCCUGCCUACCUUGAUUUUAUAGCAGCAUGGAAAGAAUAACAGUUGGAUAUUUUUCUCUUUUUUUCACAAUUCUUCUUCAUUGCAGGAACCGCAGAAACAGAGAAGCAAGCAUCUUGAGAGCCAUAGAUGAUGGAGCUGAAACACUGUUUGACAUAGUAGCAAAUGUAUACUCAGGGGUUGACCGUAGUUUCUGGAUUCCUGCUGCAUCAAAUGUCAGGCUACAUGUUGAUCAUCUGGCUCAGCAAAAUAAGUUACCAAAGGAAUUUUCCAUUCAGAAGUAUCAGAAAACCUGUGGCGUGCAUUUCCUAUACAGAUGGAUCUGCUCAUAUCUAAGAAGCAGGUUCCUAUUAAACUAUCAGAAGCUUGGGAUCUCUAGAUUGCUAAUUGCUGGGGCAGUUGCUGGAUUUGGUAUAUAUUAUUACUCAAUGAAAAGCAAGCUUAGUUCCAAAUAAGACAGGUAAAGGUGUACUUAUAAAUUUGGAGCACAUAGCAAGUCUUGCAUUAUACAUGUUGUCAUUUUAAACUUAUAUGGAUCAUACAUUAAUUGAGUAUUGUCUUCAUAUAAUCUUUGCAAAAGAGGCUGCUAGCACAACACUGUAUAACAGAUGUUGACAUGACGUUAGUGUAGAUUUCAUUGAUUAUUAUGAUGUGAUUACUGAUGAAAUGAGUUUCAUCAUUGGCAUCUUUAAUAGACAUAUUGAAGAAAG